UUAUUUCUUCACGUUUUCCUUUUCCCGUCCCGUUGUCUGAGAGAAAUUCCCCAUCUCUCGUCUGAAUCCGAUCGUUAACAUCAUCUGUAGCAAGCUCCGAUUUCCAUCUCAGCCGGCGUGCAAUCGAUCGUCGGCGUCUCUCUUUCCGUAUCUCUCCAGGUUCGCUCCCAGUCUACUCCAGUAUUUCCCGAUUUAGCGCGCAGUCUUUUUCUAGGGUUUCAUUGCGUUUGUUUCCUCGUCGUCCGCCGCCGCUCGAGUUUGAUUAGUCGAUUUUCCCUUCGUCUUCUUUGCCGGUGACUUUUGCAGCAUAUGGUGAUGAAUAUGAGUGUCCACGAACGGAUUAGGGUUGGGCCUGUGAAGAGUAGUGGCAGCAGUCAGAGUGUCUGUCGCUUCUGGCAACAGGGGAUGUGCAACCGAAACCCUUGCAGAUUCGCUCACGGAGGAGAACUUCCUCCGCCGCGGCAGCAGCAGCAGAUUUCUAACGGCGUGCGUUCUUCUCAUGUCUACCACCGCGCGUCUCGUUCGGAAUCCCAAUCUACGGCCGUCGGUGGCGGCGCGGCUCGGAAGAAGAGCGAAAAUAAGGUUUGUCGCGACUGGAAGUCUGGGAAUUGCAGCAGAGGCGAAGAUAAGUGUAGAUUCCUGCACUCCUGGUCCCGUGGACAAGGGUUUUCAAUGCUUGCGAGGCUCGAAGGACAGGGUAACACGGGUGUGGUUUCUGGAAUCGCUCUUCCUUCUGGAUCUGAUAAGCUUUUCACGGGGAGCAGUGAUGGGGUUGUCCACGCUUGGGAUUGCACUAGUGGCCAGAUUGUGGGCACACAGAAUGCUGGUGGGAAAGUUGGGUGUUUGAUUACUGAAUGUGAAUGGCUCUUUGUGGGAUUACCCAAUGCCGUCAAGGCAUGGAACCUUCAAACUGGGGCUGAUUGCAGUCUCACUGGCCCAACUGGCCAAGUUUAUGCCCUGGAGGUUGGUAUGGGGUUUUUGUUUGCUGGUGGUGCUCAGGAUGGAGUGAUUUUGGCGUGGAAAGGAAAUACUGGUGAGCAACAAGGCAACCCUUUUCAGCCUGCUGCAACACUCAGUGGCCAUACCAGUGCUGUCAUAUCAAUGAAGGUUGGAGGUGGGAGAUUGUUCUCUGGCUCCAUGGAUGGAACCAUCAAAGUUUGGGAUAUCAGCACUCUUCAGUGCAUUCAGACGAUGAAGGGGCAUGACAAUGCAGUGAUGUCCCUCCUCUGCUAUUCAGACUUCCUUCUGUCAUGCUCAUUGGACCAGAAGAUCAAGGUGUGGGCUGCCACCGGUGAAGAUGGAAGCUUUGAGGCGGUGUAUACAUACGAAGAAGGUGAUGGUGCUCUAGCUAUGUGUGGGGUGGAAGACCCGGAUGGCAAGCCGGUUUUGUUGUGCUCCUGGAACGACGAUUCGGUUGGGUUGUAUGAGCUGCCCUCCUUUGCUGAGAAAGGGAGGAUAUUUGCGAAAGGUGAAGUAAGGACCAUCAAAGGAGGUCCUGGGGGACUGGUUUUCACUGGAGAUGCUACAGGUCUACUGACUGUAUGGAAACUGGCAGCAAAGGCAAGUGGAGCAGCAAUGGCAGAGUGAAUCCUGGCCUUUGCAGGACUUUUGAGAUUCCAGUUCUCGUUUUGUUUAUAUUAAUCCAGGCUGCAACAAGAUUUUGCACGGAUUGGUGCCAGCUUGUGAGUGAGGCAAACCAAACACCCAAAAAAGUCAAAUGUGGGAUGUUGGUUCUUGUAAAUUGACUUGUAUAUGUAUAUUCAUAUAAUCAAUGAAUGGUGAAAGUACCA